GUUCGUGUGCCCACAGAACCUCUAAAAAUCAUUCUUCCCACUCUCUUCCCUAAACUUGACAUUGAAAACCUAAACCUUCAAAAUCUGAAAGAAAACCUGGCGGAGAUACUUACGCUAUACAUACACACAUAAGAAGCCAAAUAAUUUGAAUUAAAUGGCAACACUCACCAGCUGUAGCUUUAGAUUGAACCCUCCGAACAGGUUUAAUUUCAGAGUGAAAAUAAAAAAUAUUAACGCCAAUUUUUGUUUGUGUGGAGCAUCACUAUCGAAGAGGCGGCGAAUGAUUUCGAAAGGGAAUUGCACCAGGUUAAAUUUAAUUGUAAGGUCAUGUUAUAACGAUAAGAAUAAUACCAGAAAUGAAAAUAAUGCUACCAAUGGUGAAGGAGAAAAUAGAGACAAUUCAAAUUUGGCGACGAUGAGCUCAACUGAUGAGAAGCCCGAUGAUAAUUCUGAGAAUUUGCCAACUUCUAUAUCGAACCGGAAUCCUACUAUAUCUUCUAUUGGAUCAUCUCAUAAUAAUUUCCAAGUAGACUCUUUUAAAUUGAUGGAACUUCUAGGGCCUGAAAAGGUUGAUCCGGCUGAUGUAAAGGCUAUUAAGGAAAAGCUUUUUGGCUAUUCUACCUUUUGGGUAACCAAAGAAGAGCAGUUUGGGGAUCUAGGAGAGGGCAUUCUUUUCCUUGGCAAUCUUAGGGCAAAGAGGGAAGAUGUUUUUGCCAAACUUCAAAGUCACCUAGCUGAAAUAAUGGGAGAUAAGUACAACCUGUUCAUGGUGGAGGAACCUAAUGCUGAAGGACCAGAUCCACGUGGUGGUCCUCGUGUCAGCUUUGGUAUGCUACGGAAAGAGGUCUCAGAACCAGGUCCAACAACUCUUUGGCAGUAUGUGAUUGCUCUUCUGUUGUUUCUUCUUACCAUUGGUUCCUCUGUGGAGCUAGGAAUAGCAUCUCAGAUAAAUAGACUUCCUCCAGAGGUGGUUAAAUACUUCACAGAUCCAAAUGCCAUUGAACCACCAGAUAUGCAGCUUCUAUUACCAUUUGUGGACUCUGCUUUGCCCCUUGCCUAUGGUGUCUUGGGGGUUCAGCUAUUUCACGAAGUUGGACAUUUUCUGGCUGCAUUUCCAAGGAAGGUGAAAUUAAGCAUUCCUUUCUUUAUUCCAAACAUUACCCUUGGAAGCUUUGGAGCAAUUACUCAGUUCAAGUCCAUUCUGCCUGAUCGAAAAACAAAAGUAGAUAUUUCUUUGUCCGGACCAUUUGCGGGCGCUUCAUUGUCUUUAUCUAUGUUCACCAUUGGCCUGCUACUUUCAUCAAAUCCAGCAGUGGCAGGAGAUUUAGUUCAGGUUCCUAGUUUGCUUUUUCAAGGCUCUUUGCUUCUUGGACUUAUUAGUCGGGCUGCUCUUGGUUAUACGGCAAUGCACGCCGCAACAGUUUCAAUUCAUCCCCUUGUUAUUGCUGGCUGGUGUGGGUUAACGACGACAGCUUUUAAUAUGCUACCUAUCGGAUGUCUUGAUGGUGGAAGAGCUAUGCAGGUAGUAUUACUGUUAUGUCUUCUCAAGGUGCAUAAUGUAGAUUGGACCUUUAACACUCGUUAAAGAUGUGGGGGCAACCUCAAAUUUGUAAACGCUAAACUGAAAAUAAAUGAUAGGCAAAUCUAAAUAUAAAACUAGUUCAACUACAACCGGUAGAAAUAUCUGUUCAAUUCUCUGCAAUGUGGAAAUAGAGAUCCUUUUCCAUAUUUUAUGUACCAAAAAGGUGUUGAGCUGCUAAUAUUCAUUUUUUCCUAAAUAAAUGUGAGUGGACCAGAACAACCACUUAAAAUUGAAAACAG